AUGUCCCUUCAGCUCAUCAGACCUGAUGAUUUGAGACUGGUGAAUGGAAGCAGUCCUUGCUCUGGGACAGUGGAGGUGUACCGCUGGGGACAGUGGGGGACAGUAGCCCAGUAUAACUGGGACUUAAACGAUGCUACAGUGGUGUGUCGACAGCUGGGCUGUGGCUCUCCUGUAGUAACACCAAUUAGAGCUCACUUUGGAGAAGGUUCUGGAAGGGUGCUGCUCAGAGAUCUUUCCUGCAAUGGGUCAGAGUCUGCACUCAGGGACUGUGGAGCAGUUGACUUCAGACACAUAGACUUCCCACACAAGUUUGACGCUGGCGUUAUCUGCUCAGAUUUUGUGAAACUUGAGGGUGGAGCUGACCGCUGCUCUGGGAGAGUGGAGGUGAAGCUCAAUCACUCCUGGGCUACACUGUGUGAUGUUGACUUUGACUGGCAGGAUGCUCAGGUGGUCUGUGGGGAGUUGGACUGUGGGGAUCCUUCAGCUCUACACAAGGUGCCUCACUUUGGUCAAGGACAGGCCUGGUUUGGGGAAGGAAGUGGUCCCAUCUGGCCUGAUGUAUUUCAGUGCCAUGGGAACGAGACACAACUCUCCCAGUGUGCUGUGUCCCCAUGGAGUCGGGCAGCCUGCUCUCAUGGACAGGAUGUAGGAGUCAUCUGCUCUGUUGGGGGAGUCAGGCUGCUGUCAGGGGGGAGUGACUGUGAGGGCUGGGUGGAGGUUUUCUAUAACCAGACAUGGUGGAGGAUCCAUAAGAAGUCCUGGAGCUUCACAGAUAGUUCCGUGGUCUGCAGACAGCUCGGCUGUGGCUCUGCAGCGAAGGUCCGUCCAUCUGGGGCAGGUGAAGGUGACAGGUGUGUGACGGGAUUCCAGUGUUCAGGAACGGAGGCUCAUCUGGGGACCUGCAGCUCUCCACAAAUACUCACCUGCAAACCCAGAGACCAGGUGUUCAUAAUCUGCACCAACCACAGGUCUCUCCGCCUAGUUGGGGGUGGUGGAGAGUGUGCUGGGAGGCUGGAGGUUUUCCACAGGGGCUCUUGGGGGACGGUGUGUGAUGACUUCUGGGGUCUGGCAGAAGCUCAGGUUACCUGCAGACAGCUGCGAUGUGGGACAGCCCUCAGAGGGCAGAACCCGGUACCAGCCUACUUUGGCCCAGGAUCUGGACCCAUCUGGCUUGGGCGACUGGGCUGUACAGGAAGCGAGUCGUCCCUGUGGGACUGUCCCUCAGCACGGUUUGAACAGCAAGAUUGUGGUCACAAGGAGGACGUGGGGGUUGUGUGCUCAGAGCACAAGCUUCUGCGUUUGUCUGAGGGCUGCUCUGGCCAUACAGAGGUCUACUACAAUGGAAGCUGGAGAAGUUUGUGCUUCAAUCACAUGGAAAAGACUACGGCAGCAGUGAUCUGUCGUCAGCUCGGCUGUGGAGACAAGGGGACAGUCGAUGAGACAAUCUCCAGGCUCAGUCCUGAACCUACAGGAAAUGAUGGUCUCAAAUGUCGCCCCCAUGACUCCUCACCGUGGCAGUGUCCAUUCUCACUAUGGGGACAGAAUACUUGUACUGAUACCAAGGUGGCUAAGAUCUACUGCUCAGGUGAAGUUUACACUCAGUCAACAUAA